AUGGCUGGCUGGCGGGACCUGUCUGCAGGGCCGUACCGUGCACUCUCACCCGAGGAUAUCACUCGAUCCGUGCUCUCUUCACACUUGACCUCAACCUCGCCGUCCUGUCAACGCCAGCGUGAACCGCUGCAUCGUUUCCGCAGCUCGCAACUGUCGACCCUAUCCGGUGCUCGGCGCCGCCGAUCGUUCGACUACUUCCGCACCCCUCGACUGGACUCCACCGAUCGGAUCUUCCGUAUCCGCGCCCACCAGCGUGCCGCUUCCACUUCGCUCGCGCUUCCUCGUCUUCGUCUCGCACACCUAUCCGAUCCAACUCUUCUGCACCGUUUCUUCAAGCUUACUUUUGUCAUUGCGGCCCAUCCGAAUCGCGCCUCUGAGGGCUCUUUCCUCCGCCCCGAGGAUCUUGGUGCUGCACGCGAGCACAGUCCACGCCGCGCACGCCGCGCACGGUCGACCAUGUUCUCACGAUCACGGCAGAAUGACGCCAAACGCUUCAGCGAUCCGAGAUCCAAGCUCGACGGCCGCGAGCCGUCAACGUCUGGCACCAUCGCCAUCCCGCCGUCCCCCUUCCAAGGCGUCGACACAGGCGUCCAAAACGCCACUGCAGAACCCAUGUUGAUCCACUCGAGGGGCGUGCCGACAAUAACAACCACCAGCGGAACUCCCAUCAUCACACCGUCAUGGAACGAUGCAAGCACGCCGCGUGCAGAACUCACCCAACCCGGGCCAUUGGCUCGCGUCUUUGUUUCGAGCUCGCCUCCAGUCUCUCCGCCUGCCGCCUCGGUCGACCGCCAUGAAGCCGGCAACAGCAGUUUCUCGGUCCACUCUCUGGACAGCUUCGGAGCCAUCUCCAUGGCUGGCUCCACCGCAGCUGUGGACGGCGGCAGUCAAAAUGGAUCUCGCUUCGGCAUGAGUCCCACCACGGCCUCGUUCGUAGCGCCCCGGGGAGAGCUUUCCUCCGCCUCGAUACGCAGCAGGCGCAAUUGGGACGAGUUCGAGGGCAAACCCGUCUCGCCUCUGCCCAGUCCCGCAGUGCAGAAUCAGCAGACAAGCGACAUGUUCGACGUGCCUAUCGCCGCCUCGUCCAGCAGGCUCACUCCUGCUGCCCACUCUCUCGCCAGUCCUCAAUCUCGUCCGACGCCGGCCAGGAAUCAGUCCUUAGAAUCCAUGCCGAGCGUCGGCGAAGCCAAGGGCAUGUCGUCACCCAAGAGCGCCGCACCGGCCGACGUCGGCAGCAAAAACUGGUCCUUCUUCAACUCGACAUCGUCCUCCGGAGCGCCGAUUGCGCGCGCUCCCAGCAUCAAGGCUACCAAUUCCUCCAGCGGUGCCGACCCUCCAGCAAAUCCUGACUCGAUCGAGGCGUCGACGCCUUUGAACCUUUCCUCUUCUCGGACGUCAGCGAGUGCAACGAGUCUCGGUCACGGCAUGGGUCCUCGCGUCACGUCGGCAGACUUGAGCAGCAGGAUUCGACUGCCAUCCAGACUGCCGACCUUGCCAACCGAGGCGUCGGCCUCCGGCAUUGGCGGCUCCACCACCCGAGCCACAUCGGCUCACUACUACGGGCCACAGCAGCUCGCUUACCUGCGCCAUACCCGCAUAGGCUCCGGCGAGUCGAUCCAGUCCACAGACGCUCCGUUGUACUCGCCCCUCUACGCCGUCGACCCGCACGCGCCAGGUGAUCUCUUCAACCUCAAUUCGACGUCUCAGCUGUCCCUUUCCGCCAUCUCGGAUGCACCGAGCGCCACGCUGGACGGUCUGCCACCCCAUGUGCCGUGGGCCGGUGACAGCCCCCGGCGCACACGGAGCCGCAGUCAUCUGCUCUUGGACGAUGACCGCAGCGCACAAUCGUCGCCGGCUUCCGCCGUGCCACCGCGCCCAGAGCAGAGGCCCUGGAGAGAGGUCGGCGAGGCCGGCGAUGUCUCGAUCGACUCGACCCACGCCAUGAUGCCAACGCAUGCCCAACUUUCCAGCCCUGCACAGUCAUCACGCUCGGAGCUAUACUCGGCACCGAGCUCGUCGGCGCUAUCCGCAUCGGUUGCGAAAGACAUGCGCAGCACCGGUCUCGAGGAAGCAUCGAAAGGUCUCAGUCAACGGACGCGUCGGCAAGGGCCGUCCGAAUCGGCGACCGGAAGCAGCAUCCUACCCGCGCCAGUCGGGCGCGAACGGCCAUCGCAAUCCGCGAUCGUCGAAUCGCGAGAAGAGGAGGAAGACGGCGAUCGCAUAGGGCCUUACCGAAUCGAAAAGACGCUCGGUGUUGGUGCCUUCAGCCGGGUGGCUUUGGGCCGCUCGAUACGCAGUUCAUCUACUGCAUCGAACGCAUCGGCGCGCUUCGAAAGGAUGAUCUCCAGCCUUCCACAGCUCCGCCAGAGGGCCAUGCAGCAGCAGAAGACCGACACGAACGGCGCUUCCGCUGCGGCCAUCAGCGACGAGCUCGUGGCGCUCAAGAUGCUCGACCGCGAGCCUUGCAACAACAACGAGCGGCUCAAGGUCAGUUGGGUGCGAGAGGUCGAGGUGCUCAAGCACAUUUCGCAUCCGAACCUGGUGCGCUUCAUCGCAUCGUUCAGCACGCCUCUGCACCACACGCUCGUGCUCGAACACGUCGCUGGCGGCGAGUUGUUUGAUGCCUUGAUGUCCAACUUUGAGCAGUUCUCACAGCGCGAGUGGCUCGUGCGCGUCCUCUAUACGGAGCUGGCCAACGCUGUUGGAUGGAUGCAUCACAUCAACCUGGUGCAUCGAGACAUCAAGCUGGAAAACAUCCUGCUCACGGUCAACCUUUUCGCGGCCGUGUCCUCGGCCGGCGGCGCCGACGCCUCUGCGUUGCCGUUGCGCCCGCACCGUCUGCCCGAUUCCGAGCCGCUGGUCAAGCUGACCGACUUUGGUCUGUCGCGCUUCAUCGAUCCGUCGAACCCGCUGCUCGAGACGCGCUGUGGCUCCGAGGAGUAUGCGGCGCCGGAGCUGAUCAUUGGCAAAAAAUACGACGGACGCAAGACGGACGCAUGGGCGCUCGGUGUCGUGCUGUACGCGCUCAUCACGGGCUCGCUGCCGUUCAUGGAGGACGUCAGUGUCGGCGCCAACGGAGCACGCGAGGGGCAGGGCGAAGAGCGCGAUCCCAAGCAGCGCAAGCGUCACCUGCUGCGCAUCGCCAAGGGCGACCUGCGAUGGCCUUCGCCCGCCAACGAUGCGUGCGAGGACCAACCGGACCCGGCCAAGUGUCCAGCCUCCAUGCGUCUAGUGACGCCGAUGGCCAAGGCGAUGGUGGGAAGGCUGCUUCGGCGCGAUGCGACCAAGCGCGCGACACCCUGGGAGACGUGGGACGAGCCCUGGCUGCUGUGUGGCAGCUUCGGAUACGCUUCGCUCUCGAGCCCGCAGAACGGGCAGGGCGCACUUCCCUCGCAACAGGUCCCAGGCGAAGCCUCUGCGGCGGGCGAGGCGAUCGCACUGCACCCCGACCCGCGCUCGCAACAGGGUCAGAGCUGGCUCGAGGCCAACGCCGCCGUCCGCCAGGACGACGUCGCACCGGUAGCUCGCGACGACUGA